AUGGGCGAUAAAUUUUCAAAAAAUAAAGAAUCAUAAGAGUUCUUAGAUGGCUUUAAAUAAAAUUACUAAUUUGUAUAAGAACAUUUAGAUAAUAGAUUCGGUAAAAUUAAAUUAUAUCAAAACUAGUUUUAACAAUAUGUGGCCGUUAAGAAAUCUUCAUCGCAUAAUAAAGAUGAAAUAAAUAAUUUUAUAUCUAAAAAUGCUUAAUUUGGUUUACAAAUAAAUUCUCCUUUUUUAAUAAAAUUAAAUGCUUUUGAAACACAUAAUGAAAAUGCAAUGUGUGCAUCUAUUAAUCAAGUAAUUACAUAUUAUGAUUACUAUCUAAAUACAGUUCAUGAUGAAUUAGUAAGAAGAAAUUAAGUAUCACUUUAUUAUUUAGAAUAAGAGUUAUGGGUUAUUCUUUAUUCUAUUAUAAGUGCGGCUUUUUAUUUAGAAGAAAAUGGUCGCUCAAUACAUAAUAUUAGACCACAAAAUAUUUAUUUUACUUAAUAAGGAGAAGUAAAAUUAGUUCCUAUAGGUAUUUUUCCAGAAGAUUAAACAGGAUACCAAAAAUUUAUAACAUUAAAAGAGCCUAUAUUAUUAUCUCCUGAAUAAAUCUUAAGCGCCCGAGUCAAGAAUUACGAUCCGAAUAUAAAUUAAAACAAAUCCGAUGUAUAUUCUAUUGGGAUGACUAUGUUGUAUUGUGCGUCAUUACAAACAAUGAAUUAAUGUUACAAUUAUGAUAAUUUGUAAAUAGACACUUAAGUUUUAAACCAGCUUCAAUUAUUCAUGAAAGGAGAAUAUUCUAAAUUCUUUAAUAAUAUUGUCAAUUUAAUGCUUUCUGAUAAUCCUGAUGAUAGACCUACUUCUUAAUUCAUUUAUUAAAUCUUAUAGCCUUUUGAAACCUAAAUUUUAAACUUAUAACCAUUUAAUCCUGAUUAUGAAACACUUAGAAGACAUUUAGAUUACAUAGAUAAUCCUAAUUAAUUACCUCAAAAUGAAAAUCAACAAAUUUUAUAAUCAUAAGAUUAAUUUAGAUAAUCAUAAUAAUUCUAAUCUUAAAUUAGCUAAUAAUAAUUAGCUCAAUCAUAAUUUGAUUAAAAUAAAUAUAAUUAAUAUUAAUUAAAUUAAUCUUAAUAAUAUUAAUCUCAUUAUAGUUAAAUUCAACCUUAAAUUAACUAAACUUAGUCAUUUGUAAGUUCUUAACCAUAUGCUCAAAGUUAAAAUUAGGUAGUUUUAGUUUCUCCUAAUUCAUAAAACUAUAAAUAAGUUAUUUAUUAAUAAGAACCUGUUGUUAGUGACAUUCAUUAAUAUUAAUAAUAAUACUAUUAACCUUAAUAAGUAAUCGUAUAGUAAAAUCCUUAAUAAUAUUCGAAUUAAAUCAUAAAUUUAUAAUAAUCUUAACCACAGCUUUUAUAUAAUGAAAAUACUCAAUAUAUUGUUUAAUCAUAACAGCCUUAAUAUUAAUAUUAAUAUCAAUAUUAAGAUUCAAAUAAAAUACUUAAUUCUGUAUAACCGAACAAUUAUUAAUAAGUUAAAAUCGUGCCUUAAAUAUUUUCCCCUUAAUAAUCAAUAGUUUCUCCCGUCUAAAACGGUUAAUUUGCUUCUCCUUAAAUUAAAUAAAAAAUGUUUGCAAAUUAAGAAACUACUUUAAAUAAUUAAUCAGAACUUUACAAUACUAACGUUUAGCAAAAUAAGAAAGUUACUUUUGUUGAUAAUUAUAAUAAAAGCCCUAUUAAGAUGAUGAAUGAUAGUGAAAAUGAUAAAAAAUUCGGUAAGAAAAAUAUUAGCAAUUAUUAUUAAGAAAAAAAUAAUGAAGAAAAUUACGAUAUGAAUGAAAUUAACAAAAGAAUUAAUGAAGCACUUUAAAGAACAUAAGAAGUAUUGAAAGGAGGAAAAUGA